AUGGCGCAAACGGCGAUGCCGGCAUCUCCCUCUGCCCGAGCGCCGUCCGUCGAAGCGAGAGGGGAAACGAACGGGGCAAGGAUAGAGGAAACAGGAGGACAGACGGGUGUGGAAACCAGUCGGCGAUGCAGCUACCCUCGGCCUCCAUCGCGGACGAUUCCUGCCUGGAUUGCCUCGUACGAAAAGGGCGACGGCCCCGUGGACGAAUACCAACUCCAGCUCCUGGGCCGUCCGGCGAGCGCGGUGCCGGCGCAGCACAGCGGAACGCCGAAUCCGGUCCGUCGACGGGUCUCAAAGGACGGGUAUGUCUGGGAAGAAGGCAAGCAGCCGCAGGAGACGCGGUCGAUGAUCCCCCACUUUCUCCAGCAUGGGCGGGCAUCGAAGAAGGGUCGGCGGUGGGACCACCUGCGCUCGGCCGAGCCCGUCAUCGUCUCGGCCUACACCGGCUGGCAUAACACGCGAGCGGCGGCGAUCCGAGACUUUGCGAGGUCGUCGAGCUACGCUCCGACGCCAGGCGAGAAGUCGCGCGUCGUCACCAAGGAGGAGCUCGACAAGCUCAUGCCCAGCUACGGCCGGCCGAGCGGGUCGAGGGUGCGGCACUACGACGCCGAGGCGACGCGAGGCCGCCGGCCCAAGGCCUUUUACGAGCGUGCCUGGAACCGAAUGCUGCGGAGCGCGCUGUCGCCGCUGCUCUUCCGGCUCGCCGUCAUGAUCACGUCGAUCCUCGCGCUCGGCAUAGCCAGCCGCAUCUUCCAGCUCGAGGACUCGGACGACAAGGAGAGCGCGGAGCGGACGCAGUCGGUCGUGGCCGUGACGGUCGACUGCGUGGCCAUCCCCUACACCUGCUACAUGGUCUGGGACGAGUACACGGGAAAGCCGAUCGGGCUGCGGUCGGCGUCGUCCAAGACCCGCCUGAUCCUCCUCGACCUCUUCUUCAUCAUCUUCAAGUCGGCGAGCACGGCGUUGGCGUUUGAGAGCCUCGUGUUUCACAACGUCAUGGAGACUAACCUGCUCUACCUCUCGGCCGCCCUCGGCGCCUUUGAGCUGCUCGGGCUCAUCUCCUGGACCCUGAACUUUACCGUCAACAUAUUCCGAACCGUCGAGAAGAUGGGCGGCGGUCGCGACGGCACGGGAGGCGGCGGCGGCGGCGGCUGA